AUGGCGCUGCCGAGCCCGUGGCGCUGCCCCUGGCGCUGGCCGGCGGCGCUGCCCCUGGCGCUGGCAGUGAUGCUGACCUGCCUGGCGCAGGGAUCGCUGCUGGGAGCGGUGCUGGGCGCGGGGGGUGCCUGGUGUGCGGUGCGGUCCCGCCCGCCCGCCAGGCGCCCUCCGGCCCGGCGCUCUCCGGCGCGGUUCCUGCCCCCCCGGCGCCCUCCCCCACUGCUCCUGCCCCCCUACAGGCCCAGCCUCAUCGCCCGGUUCCCGCCCCCUUGGCUCCAGGUCUACUACCGCCUGAGGGCCAAAAGGGCCGGUAACUGUGGUCUGGCCGCAGGCGCCGGCCUCAGUGUCAGCACCCUAUCCCGCGGCAACUGCCUUGGAGCCCCGCUGCAGACCGUGCGCCGCCAGGACCCGCUGCCGCCGCACCGGAGCCCUGGAACGGUUUUCCCGACGGAGAAGCGGAUGUGUAUGAGGACGUCCCCACAGCCCAUCGCAGGAUCCUGCUUUGAUGUGCCUCUUGGGAAAGGAAGGCAAUGGGAGGUGCGGAAUCCAAGGAAUUUCGUGCCAGGAACACCGAAGAGGGCUGUGCAGACCGAGAAAGCUGUCGAGAGGCCUGAGCAGAAGAGGCAGGAGUCCCCAAGCCCACCACCAUCACCGGGAAACGGAAGGCCACGCAAGAGGAGCAUCUGCCUGCUGGUGCCUUGGAAUAAUGAACCACUGGUGCUGCCCCCUGCGCCUGACCCGGGUUACCCCAUCACGGACGAGAUCAUCGAGGAGGAGAGGAAGGCAGCACAAGAGCGCUUGCGUCGGCUCUUGGGGCAUAAGCCUGAUGUGGUCUCCAGCACCGGUGGGGAAGAUGUGUCCCUGGGCACAGCCAUCGCCCAGGGCUCCUCUGGCAGCAGCCAUACAGAGGCAGCAUUUUCGAGCACGCCGUCGGAUGUUUCUGGGCUGGCUGCUUCCACCACCAACGGCCAUAUGCACAUCAGCCAGCCCAGAAGCAGGAGCCCGCCCGUGUUAGGAGGUUCGUCCACCCGCGCCUCGUGCACCCCGGCAGGAACUAGGACCCAGGGAAGUCGCAAGCGGCAAAAGGAGGAGGACCGCUCCGAUGCCAAGUGGCCGUUUGGACCUCCAGCAGCAAAACGUCGGCAGCUGUGACACCUGUUGAAGAUUUUAUUGUUCUAUGUUUGUUCUUGAGUUGUUCUAAUAUUCUUGUUCUACUGUUGUUCUUUUGUUGUUACAAUGUAGUUCUUUUGUUGUGACAAUGUAGUUCUUUUGUUGUGACAAUGUAGUUCUUUUGCUGUUAUAAUAUAGUUCUACUAUUGUUUUUACAAACAUUUUAAUGUGUUUUAGUAUUUUUUAACUGCCAAUAUCCAAUUCCCACCCCCCCCACCGCAUCCCCCCAUCCCCUCUUUAUAUGUCCCCGCUUAAAAUAAAGAGUCUGUGUUCA